AUGGCUAGCAACAACGAAGACUCCUUUUCUCUGGAUGCUACAGUGAUCAACAAGAACGACAUCUCUAUCGUUGUUCCUCCCCCUAGAAAUACCGCUCCACAUCCUUGUGAUGACCUCACGGCAUCUACUUCCCCUAAGGGUUUCCACGACGACACCGUCCAUCACCUCGGAGAUACCACACUCUCUCUUCUUUCUCUUUCCCAAACACACGGUGUCGCUUCUUCAAUCCCACUCAAUCUCAAUGACGUCCAUCGGCGGCUCAUCCUCCGCCGUCGCCGCUUUUUCCUCCUCCGUCAAAUUCUCCCCUUCUCACCCCUCCCCCCUUCUCAAUUCCCUAAAUCCACAUUUUCUCCCCAUCGAACCCCUCUCAAUCCCCCUAAAUGCACCCUCAGUUCCGAAAACCCCCUUCCUCAAAACGCCGUCGUUUCAAAACCUUCUCCUCUCGAAAUACUCAAAACCUCUUCAGUUGACAGAUAUACAAAGGAGAAGAGCAGUAUCAUUGUUAUUGGACUCAAUGUUCAUACUGCUCCGGUUGAAAUGCGUGAGAAGCUUGCUAUUCCAGAAGCACAAUGGCCUCAAGUUAUUCAGGAGCUUUGUGCUCUUAAUCACAUAGAAGAAGUUGUUGUUCUCAAUACGUGUAAUCGAAUCGAGAUUUACCUUGUUGCUCUCUCUCAACACCGUGCUGUUAGAGAAGUCACAGAUUGGAUCUCCAAGAUAUUAAUACUUUUUGAUCCAGCGUCACUCUAUUAUGUGUUAAUUUAUAUUGUUUUAAUGUAA